UUAUAGGGGCAGCGUGCUGGUCCCACACACCAGCCCUAGUGGCAGUACUGCUAGGGCCUGCCCACUCCCACUGCUUUCUGCUCUAGCCAGUCAGGUGCAUAAAUCUCAACAGCCCCUAACCAAAUUUAUUAGCUAUUAUCCAUGUUAUGUCUUGGCCUGGAGGCCCCUCUGGAUAGGGAAUGGUAGGAAUUCAGCUUGAGCACUUCUCCAUGGACACCAGGUCUGUGGAAGGUAUGGGCUGCGGUCAGUAGGGAAUAAACCCCUGAGAUGCUGCAGAAGUUCCCUCGGGCUGUCCUUGCCCAGGGCGGUCACGUCAGCACAGCACACACACCCCAUUCCUCCCAGCACCAGCCCCACAGCACAGACGAGCCAGUCACCACAGGGCCAGCUCAGCCCGUGGCAGUUAAAUCGGCUGGCAAGAGAAGGCCGUCUGGGGUGGACACUGCUCCCCCGAAAGCAGCCGUAUGUGCACUGGCAGCAUGAGCUUGGUGUCCCAGCCAAAGGCUUUCUGGUCUCUGUGUGUUCCUCCCAGCUCCCAGCAGCCUUGUCCCUUAGGAGCCAAUGGCUGGGUGGCCCCACGCAUUAGCCCGCCUUGUCAUUUAAUUAAUCACCUUCUGGCUAAUCCCAUCUGAGCCAGGCUGGGGGUGAGCAGAGCUCAGCUGCUAACCAUGGCUGCGCACACGCCUCUGCCCCGCAACAUCCGCUGGGGCUUGACGACUCUCAGCGGCUCCCUGUUCAUCAACAACAAGACCCGGGACAGCGGAUCUGCCCAGAUCUACCACCCAGCCCGCGAGGUGCUGGCCAGCCUGCCCCUCCAGAUGAUGCUGUACUUCAAUGUCUGCUACUUCCCGUUCUGGUGCCUGGCUGAGGGGACGAUGCUCCAGCUGAAGUACAGCCUGCUGCCCCGGUACUACCAGCUGCUCCUGGCUGCUGCCUUCCUCAUCCUCUCGCUGGCUGAGGGCUUCCGCCUCUACCUGGGCUACAUAGGGAACCUGCAGGAGAAGGUAAGAGCCAGCUCCAUGCCGCUCCAGCAUGGUCCCUGUGCUCAGCACGACAGGAGAUGGGCGGCAUGGGGUAGACUGUGCUGGGGGAGAAGCUGUGGCUACUCUGUAUGUCCCCUUUGCCUGGGCUUACGCUACUGUCACCUUCACUCCCUGCUUGGGACCCGCCUGGUGCUCUCCAAGGAGGGAAACACAGGCACGGUCAGGACCUGGAGGCAGGGGACAAAGGGGACCAGCUCACCCUCCUGCUUUACCCCUCCCCAUGCUGUGAGUGUGCCCCUCUCCAGCGCUGGACUUUGCAGCACCUGACCUCGCUUGAGCAUAGCUCCUAGGUCAAGGUGGACAGCCCUGGGACACAGAUGCUGAGUCUGGCAGAACAUCUCAUCCAGGGACUGCAGCAGGGUAUUCCUGGGGCUGCUAGCCCUUUCCCGCCUCUACCACAGCCCCCG